AAACUAGGGGAAAAAAACAACAAAAUACAACUCUUAUUUUAUUUUAAUUAAUUAAAAAAACCACACAAAAAUAAAUAAAUAAAAAAUCUUAUUUUUAUUUCCUACACUAAAAUGGCCCCUGGUUUUGCCUUUCAUUAAUUCCUAGUUUAUAAAUAUGUCAUCUUUCAUUCACACCCUCCACCAAAAAAAAGUGAUAAAAUUUCAUUUGGGGUUGUUCUAAAUUGGCCAAAAAUGGAAGUUGAACAAGGAAGAAGUGAAGUUAGACAUGUUAAGAGAAGAGUUGGGUAUGUGAAAAAAGGGAUUUUGAAGAAGAAAAAGAGGAUGGUGAUGAUGAAGACACCAAAUUGUGGCCCAAAUUGUGAAUAUUUGAGUACUCUUCAACAAUUGUUUGUUUCUUGUUUGAGAGUUUUUAAAGGGCCAAAUACUAUUCCUUUGCCUUCUCAUGUUAACAUCCUCUCUCAAAUUCUUGAUAGAAUGAAAGCAGAAGAUUUUGGGCUUAGUAGUGACAUACAUUUUUUCAAUCCUACCGAUGUAGUCAAAGCAACACCCCCAAGAGUUACAAACACAACCAUAUAUGAGUCCACUAAUUUUUCUUUAUGUAUAUUCUUUAUUCCAACAAAUGGUGUCAUUCCCCUACACAACCACCCGGGAAUGACAGUGUUCUCCAAGCUCUUAUUGGGGGACAUGCAUAUAAAAUCGUACGAUUGGGUUGAUCAGGAGGAAGCGGCCGGUGAUGUCAAAGAUCGUGACAACACAACAACUCGAUCUUCAUCUCGAUUUGGGUUGGCGAAGUUGAAAGCGAAUAGCGUGUUUCGAGCCCCGUGCAAUACUUCGGUGUUGUACCCUAGAAGUGGAGGGAACAUACAUGAGUUUAGAGCCAUAACACCUUGUGCUGUUCUUGAUGUUAUUGGACCACCUUAUUCUAAAGAAGAUGGUAGAGAUUGCUCCUAUUACAAAGACCAUCCUUAUUCUUCCUAUUCAAGAGAUGGAGAGAAUUAUUGUAAGGUGGUGGAGGAAGGAGAGAAUGGUAAUUAUGCAUGGUUAGAAGAGAUUGAGAUGGGAGAGGAGUGUGAAAUGGAUGUGAUUGAAUAUAUGGGUCCUCAAAUUAUGAACACCAAAUUAAGAAAUUAUCUCUAAAUUAAUUAAACUAUAUAUAUGUUAUUACAUUAAUUUAAAUUAAUAUCCUUUUUUUUUUUCUUCUAAUGUAAAUUAGAUUGUUGUAAUUCUCUCUAUUCGUUUUCCUACUUUUUUUUUUCUUUACAGAAGAGCUUUUACAGGCUUUUGUUUUUUUGUACAACAUUACAAAAGUACUUGGGUGUCCAAUAUAAAUAGAUGAAUUAAUUUCUUGUUGUGUC